AUGUAGUUCUUUGUGGCCAUCCUGAAGGCCAAGGCAACCCUGAAGCCGGCAGUGCUGGAGGCCAUCUUUGGACCCUGGGAGUCUAUCUGCUCGGCCAGCAGGACCCUGGUGUUUCAUCUGGAGAGAGGCCACAUGGCUGUGGGGCUGGAGGGCUUCCGUCACCAGUUGGUCCUCUACAGCCACUAUGCUGAAAACUUUGCACAGGCCAAGAAGACUUUGCAGAAGCAAGUGAGGAAGAAUAAAUCCUUUGCCCGCUUCAAGAAGAUCCAGGAGACUCGUCCUGAGUUCCAGGGCUGCCGGCUGGAAGACUUGCUCCCUCUGCCCCUUCGGAGGCUCCCACAGUACAAGCGCUUGCUGGAAGACCUGGUGGAAAACAUCCUUCCAGAAAGCUCCAAUUUCGAGCAGCUCAGAGGGGUUUUGCAGUCUGUCUCCGAUGUGUUCCAUCAAGUCCAAAAAAUAUCUCGCUUCCAUGAGAACUCCUUCCAGAUGAACCGGGUUCAGAAACUGCUCAAAGGACAGAAGAUUCAGUUGUUAGCUCCAGGCCGGUGGUACCUCCAGGAAGGGUGGCUGCUGGUGGUGCCCCCAAAGGGGGAGGAAGUGCAGCAGAGGAUGUUCUUUCUCUUCUCGGAUGUCUUGCUGGUGACAAAGCCGUGCCAUCCACUGCACCCCUGGAAUUCGCACAAGUUUGCUUGCCAGGCUGUGUACCCGCUCGGCCAGUGCACGCUGACCAAAGUGUUUGGCCACACCCAGAGUCAAGGAGGGCUACUCAGCCUGUCCUUCCCACACAAGAAGCUGCUGCUGAUGUCCUGUGAUCCGCAGAACUUUAACAAGUGGCAUCAAAACCUGGGGACGGCCAUCAGGUAA